AUGGAUGGCAACAUGUUCAACGAGGCGAUGAUGUCAGCGUUGUCGGGGUUGAGCUACUUCACCCCGCUCAUGUGCAGCAACACCUCCGACAGCAACGCCACCAAGAAGCUGCUGCAGCUGCGGCAGCUGGGGGUGAACACCAUCGCCGACCCUCUGGAGCGUCGCGUGCGCAUCAACGGGGAGACCCCAGGGUCAGAUGUGCCGCAGUACGUCUGCGAGGCGUUCAAGCAGCGGCAGCCGCGCUUCGCCGCCUAG